CACUGAGUUCUCAUUUGAGUUAUGAACCAAAACAAAUGAUCAGGUUACACCUGUUUAGGUUACACUACCCUGGAAACCACUAGACACCACUUUCGAGGCUUAACGCAACAGCUUCUUUCUGAGAAAUAACAUGACCUACUCAUGAUUUUUUAAUUACCUGAGCAAAUGGCUGGUUAUCUGUUCCACAUUUGGGUCGGACAGACAUUUCUCCUUCCUUGAGCCAAAGAAAACCCCUGGCAACAUGAGCUGGGUCUUCCUCAGAGACCUCCUAAGUGGAGUAAAUAAAUACUCCACCGGAAUUGGCCGGAUAUGGUUGGCGGUCGUGUUCCUAUUACGUCUACUGGUCUACAUGGUGGCUGCGGAACACGUUUGGAAGGAUGAGCAGAAGGAGUUUGAGUGCAACACCCAGCAGCCCGGCUGUGAAACUGUCUGUUUUGAUCACUUCUUCCCCAUCUCCCAGGCCAGGCUUUGGGCCCUGCAGCUGAUCAUGGUCUCCACCCCUUCCCUGCUCGUGGCCCUCCACGUGGCAUACCGUGAGAGCCGCGAAAAGCGGCACAAGCAGCAGCUCUACUCCAACCCGGGGAGCAUCGAUGGUGGGCUCUGGUGCACUUACCUCAUCAGCCUCGUUUUUAAAACCGCCUUCGAAGUCGGCUUCCUGGCCUUGUUCUAUCAGUUGUACGGCGGGUUCAACGUGCCCCGCCUCGUGAAGUGUGAUGUCAGGCCUUGCCCCAGUACCGUGGACUGCUUUGUCUCCAAGCCUACCGAGAAGAAAAUAUUCAUCCACUUUCUGGUGGUCACCUCCUGCCUGUGCGUCGUUCUGAAUGUCAGUGAGCUGAGCUACUUGGUGUUCACACGCUGUGUAAAGUGCUGCCUCCGCCGCUACCGCACCAGAGCAGAGGCUUCGGCCUGCAAGUGCCACCAGCUCAACUGUGCCCGUGGCAGAGAGGUCACCACCUCCGCUCUGAUCCCGACUCACGUUCCGGAUCCGGCCUUUCGCGUCCUCGCAGCGACUGAAGGGAAGCUGCCGGAGGGCUCGUUGGAGGGAUGAAGGGGAGGCAGUUCUCAGAGCCCGGCAGGGGUAGGAGCCCAGUUCCAAAUACCUGAUUUAAUGGGUGAGGGGAACGCUUAGUACUGUAAUAGGGUGCUGUUAUUACCAUGCUCCUUCAUUUAGGUUAUACUUAAUUUCCUGGUCCUUUCAAAGAAAUUCAAACACCCGGGUGGGACUCGCCCUGAUUUUCAAACAACCAAUGGGCAUCUACUGAUCACUUACUGUGUACACAGCACUGUAAUAAGUACUUAAGAGAGUACAAAAGUGUAAGAAGACACUAGUCCUGCCCUCAAGGAGUUUACAAUAUAGGGCACCCCCUCCACUGUCCCUUGACUUUGCUCUCCCUCUGUCAAUUCGAAGAAAGAAUACAAUUCUUGGCCUAUUCUGGGGGCUUGCUCUUCAUUUUCCAUCCAAGACUGAACUGGAGGGUUCCACUGUACCAGGAUGACCUGUUUGGUUCUGAACUGGAGAAUCCCAUUCCUCCAGAUUUGGAAGUAAAAACUAAUGUAUGUGAAAUGAUUUAGCAGGAGCAAGUAAUGCUCUUUUCACUCAGCUGCACUGAGGUGAUUGUUCAUUCUAAAAAUUAAUACUUCUGCUUCAAAAUGGUACUUUCACCAUGACAUUGCAAAAGGAUCCCUGGAAAUCAACCUUCCUUGGAAUUUUCUAAAAGGGGGUGGGAUCAAGGAAGAAAGUCAUUUUAACUACCACCUCAAUGCUAUUGUACUUCCUCCCACCACCUGCUUUCCCAACUCUUUUCCGAACCAAAUAAAUGAAGAUUUGUUGGCA